AUGCGGGGCCCGCGGGGGGCUGCGGGGCGCGGCGGGGCUGGGGCGGCCCUGGCGCUGCUGCUGGCGGCCGCUCUCGCCCCGCGCCCGGCGCGGCCGCACCCGCAGUGCCUGGACUUCAAGCCGCCGUUCCGGCCGCCCCGGGGCCUCGCCUUCUGCCGCCGCUACGCCGAGUUCGGCUGCUGCGACCCGCGCCGCGACAGCGCCCUGCUCCAGCGCUUCUACCGCCUCAGCGCCCGCCUCGACGGGCACAGCUACGCCGCCUGCGCCGGGCACCUGCAGGACCUGCUCUGCCAGGAAUGCUCUCCAUAUGCAGCUCACUCAUAUGAUGCCGAAGAUCCCUCCACCCCCGUGCGGACGAUACCAGGACUUUGCCAGGACUAUUGCACGCAAGUGUGGCAGAACUGCCGCUCCAUCUUUCGCCUCCUCUCUGCAGACCGAGAGUUAAUUGCACUGGAAAACAACAUGGCAAAACUCUGCCGCUAUCUGACCUUGGAGGACACCGACUACUGCUUCCCACACCUGCUGGCUAACCAGAACCUUAACCAAAACCUGGGGUUAGUCACCGCCGAUGCGGAGGGCUGUCUCCAGCUCUGCCUCGUGGAGGUCGCCAACGGGCUGCGCAAUCCUGUUGCAAUGGUGCACGCCAACGAUGGCACCCACAGGUUCUUCAUUGCAGAGCAGGUUGGCCUGGUGUGGACCUACCUCCCCGAUGGAUCCAGGCUCGAAAAGCCAUUUCUGAACAUCAGCGAAGCCGUACUUACCUCCCCGUGGGAAGGAGAUGAGAGAGGGUUUCUAGGUAUUGUCUUCCACCCUAAAUUCAAAUUUAAUGGUAAAGUUUAUGUUUACUAUUCAGUUGAAGUUGGUUACGAAGAGAGAAUCCGGAUCAGUGAGUUCAGAAUUUCUCCUUCUGACAUGAAUGCCUUGGACCAUAAUUCUGAAAGGAUAAUCCUGGAAAUAGAAGAACCUGCUUCCAACCAUAAUGGAGGAGAGCUGCUCUUCGGAGAUGAUGAAUAUCUCUAUAUAUUCACUGGAGAUGGAGGCAUGGCUGGGGAUCCUUUUGGGACCUUUGGAAAUGCCCAGAACAAAUCAGCCCUGCUGGGCAAAGUGCUGCGGAUUGAUGUGAACAACAACGACCGUGGGCCCCUGUAUCGGAUCCCUCCUGACAACCCUUUUGUCAAUGACCCUACGGCUCGCCCUGAGGUCUAUGCCUACGGAGUGAGGAAUAUGUGGCGCUGCUCUUUUGAUCGGGGUGACCCUCACACCAAGGAGGGGAAAGGGCGGCUCUUCUGCGGAGAUGUGGGGCAGAAUAAAUAUGAAGAAAUUGACAUCGUCGAGAAAGGGAAAAAUUACGGCUGGAGAGCGAGGGAAGGGUUCAGCUGUUAUGACAAAAAACUUUGUGCCAACUCUUCAAUGGAUGAUGUGCUCCCAAUUUACGCGUAUCCACACAAAAUGGGGAAAUCUGUUACAGGAGGUUAUGUCUAUCGGGGCUGUGAGUCUCCAAACCUGAAUGGCCUGUACAUAUUUGGUGAUUUUAUGAGUGGACGCCUGAUGUCUUUGAAGGAGGAUCAUGCUACUGGAGAGUGGCAGUACAGUGAAAUCUGCAUGGGGACAGGACAAACGUGCAUGUUCCCUGGGCUUAUCAAUAACUAUUACCAAUACAUCAUCUCUUUCGCUGAAGAUGAAGCAGGGGAAUUGUACUUCAUGUCUACUGGUGUACCAAGUGCCACGGCUCCCAAUGGAGUGGUGUACAAAGUGGUGGACACCUCCAGGAGAGCACCACCAGGAAAAUGCCGAGUUGAGCCAUCGCCAGUGAAAGUAAAAAGCAAACGCAUCCCGUUUGUGCCAAAGGAGAAGUUUAUCAUGCAAGCACCGAUACCCCAACCCCGGCUGGAGACCACGACCGAGGCCCCAUGGGGAGGUAGGCCAGACCUCAGAACCCCCACCACAGCAGCGCCCAGUGGCAGGACCCCCAAGCCCAGGAAGGGAGCAGAGAAGAGGGGGCAGCGCAGGAAGAAGAAGCCACGGAACGGCGCCGUGCGGCUGAUGGAGCGGGGGCGCCGCGGGCGCGGCCGGGGCCGGGUGGAGGUUUACAUCGACGGCGAGUGGGGCACCGUGUGCGACGACGGCUGGAGCUCGGCCGCCGCCGCCGUGGUGUGCCGCCAGCUGGGCUUUCCCUACGUGGUGCGGGCCACCAAGAAGGCAGAAUUCGGGGAAGGGACAUCCCUCCGCAUUCUUCUGGAUGAUGUCCAGUGCUCCGGGCAGGAGAGGACGCUGCUGGAGUGCUCCCACGCCGACGUCGGCAAACACAACUGCUCGCACGAGGAGGAUGCUGGCGUGGUGUGCAGCCGGGAGGAGGUGGCAGACUGGUGACAGGGGAAUUGGGGAAGGCAGCAGAGGGACUUGGAGCACAUCCCUUUCUUGCCCAACCCUCUAAACCAGCUGCAGUUUUGCGGAGGGUGUGCCCUGUCUGGAGGGUGUCGCGUCUGUUCAAAGUAACCUCGUGGUUUUCUUCAUGUUUGUCCCCAUGUAUGUGCCUUGGAGGGAAAGAAAAAGUAAAACGAAGCAGUGGCUUGAGUACGUUGUGGGCAGGGACUACAUUUCUAUGGGUUUUUUAAUAAGAAAACCUCAAACAUCAGCCUUUAUAGAUUAGAAAAGGGAUGCAUCCUGUUGCCCUUUCCCUUUCAAAAUACAGCAUUCCUCAGCUGUGCUUCACAAUGUUUUGCCAAAAAAUAAAUUCCCAAAUGACUGUGUUUUGCUCUAAUGGAA